AACAUCCCAAGAGCAGCUGACAUUAUGGAGGAUAAUCUUCUCCUGCCACAUAUACCAAGUGAAUAUACAGAUAACAUCAAGAAAGGAGACUCCUCCCUUGCCAGAUCAGACCUGGACUCAGCAGAGCAGCACUUUGCAGCUGCACUCAAGACGGUACAUGUGAGAGACCCCACAGCCCAGCAGUACCAGAGAGAGGUGGAGCCCCUGUGCAAGUUGGGGGAUGUCUACAGUAAGCGAGGUCAGCAGACAGGAGACGGGGGAGACUUUGUCAAAGCAACAGCACUCUACAAUGCAGCAAUAGCCAGGUCAGAGGACCAAAUAGUUAUUGGUAACUUAGCAAAAGCUAUUAGAGAAGUAGACAAGGCAUUUCUCAAAUUUACCUUAGGCAUUCAUAGCAAUGUUUGCCAAGAUGACACAGAAAAACAUAAGAAACAGCUGAAGGAGAUGCGGGACCAGAUCAAGCUGGAGAUGGAAACCAUUGACCAGCAGCUGGAUCCCUAUGUACAUGAUGAGGACGACCCAUGUGUCAGAGAGAUAGAGGCAAAACGAGCUCAGGCUGUCAGGCAGUUGUUUGAGAAAAUUGCACAACAAAGGAAGGAGUUCAUCAGCCUGCUUGUAGAAGAGUGUAUUGGGUUAAUGGGUCCCCCUCCCUGUAAGUAUGCCCUGAUAGGUUUGGGUUCACAGGCCACAGGACUGGUAACUCCAUACUCAGACCUGGAGUUUGCCAUCUUGGAAGAGAAAGAAAGUGAAGAAUGUCUUGUGUAUUUCCGAAACCUCACCCACUAUCUACACCUCAAGGUGGUCAACCUGGGAGAAACCAUUCUCCCAGCACUGGGAAUAAAAUCUCUCAAUGACUUCUACUCUGAGAACCCACUUGACAACUGGUACUAUGACUCUGUUACACCUCGUGGGUUUGCAUUUGACGGUUCCAUGCCAAAGGCAAGCAAGACUCCACUGGGCAGGCAGGGAACUAAGAACAAACCACCCAGUGAACUCAUCUGCACACCAGUAAACAUGGCUUCAAAACUAGAGAAGGAUGUCACAUUGUACUGGCAAGGAUAUCAUCUUGCAAGUAUCUUGAAAAAUCCAUGCCUGAUAGCAGGGGACCAGGAUUUGAUUGACACAUACAUGGACAUCACAGAGAAGAUACUGCAAGCUGAUGGGGGCAAAAUGGCUCAACAACUGGCACAGGAGACGCAUAAGGAAAACAACAACAUGUACAAUGAUGAAAGAUCCCUCACAGCAAGGCUAAUUGAUGUAAAGAAAGAAAUCUAUCGUUUCCCAGCACUAGCAGUGGACUGCUUGGCACUGUCCUCAGGCAUUAAACCUACAUGUGCCACAAUUUGGGAGAGAAUAGCAGAAAUGGAAAAGCAACAAGUGAUCAGUCCCAACAAUGCACACCACCUGACAGUGCUUACCAGCAUCUCAGCAGAACUCAGGCUCAGAACAUACAUGGCAAAUGGUGGACAGAAAGAAAACCUGUCAGCUAUGGCCUCAAUGGAAGCAAUGCUAAGUCAACAGAAAUCAUCCCAACAGACAAAUGAUGAAACACAAACAAAUGCUUUGAGUCUGAAACCAGUCUUUCAUGUGCCAAACGAAACUCAGCUUUUCAGGUACUUUUUCACAUCAGUCCCUCUUAAACGGGUUUUGUCUGAAUGGUCUGGCGAUAAACCAACUCUAACUUCAUUCCCAGUUUUCUACAACAGUUCUCUAUACGUGCAAGGAACCAUGUACCAUGAGCUCUGUAAAUACAGGCUGGCUAUCGGCUGCUAUAAUGAAGCUCUGGUGAAUCAUGAAGAUGAACUCACUGUGACUGAGCAAAUCGACAUCUUCAACAAGCUUGGUCCUGCACAUCACCAGAUAGGACAGUAUGAAAUGUCUGUUAGCUGUAAUGAACUGGCACUGGAAAAUUACAGAAAACUCCAUGGUGAGAACGCAGAACAUCCUCAUAUUGCUGGGAUAUACAGCAACCUGGGUGUGACGUUUGCCACCAACGGUGAUCACAGAAAGGCAAUUGGCUACUUUGAACAGGCACUCCAAAUGUACAGGAGUAUCUAUGGUCAGGGUACAGAACAUCCUGACAUCGCCACCUCACUCAACAACUUGGGAGGAGCCUGGAAUCACCUUGGUGAUUACAGGAAAGCAAUCAGCUACUUUGAAGAGGCACUGCAGAUGUACAAGACUGUCCAUGGACCAAGUACAGAACAUCCUAGUAUUGCGCUCUCAUUCAACAACCUGGGGUCAGCUUGGGGUGAUCUGAAAGAUCACAAAAAAGCAAUCAGCUACCAUGAACAGGCACUGUUGAUGUACAGGGGUGUCUAUGGUCCAAGUACAGCACAUCCAAGCAUUGCUGUGUCACUUAACAACCUGGGGGAAGCCUGGAGUAACCUGGGUGAUCACAGAAAAGCAAUCAGCUACCAUGAACAGGCACUGGAGAUGCGUAGGAGUAUCUUUGGUCAGGGUAAAGACCAUCCUGACAUUGCCAACUCACUGAACAACCUGGGGACAGCCUGGCACCAUCUGGGUAACUACACCAAGAGACUCAACUACCAUGAACAGGCACUGCAGAUGUACAAGAGUGUCUAUGGUCAGACUAAAGCACAUCAUGACAUCGCUGUGUUACUCAACAACCUGGGGGAAGUCUCAAGUGCUCUGGGUGAUCACAAGAAAGCAGCCAGCUACCAUGAACAGGCACUGGAGAUGCGCAGGACUAUCUAUGGCGAGACCACAGCACAUCCUGAAAUUGCCAAGUCACUCAGCAAACUGGGGUUGAGCUGGGAGAAACUUGGUGAUUACAGGAAAUCGUUCAGCUACCUUGAAGAGGGAGUGCGGAUGUGUAGGAACGUUACUGGUCCAGAUUCUACAACACCUACCGAGAUUGCCACGACACUCAACACCCUGGCUAUGGGCUGGUAUCACUUACUCGGUGAUCGCGAGAAGGCACUCAGUCUCUGUCAGGAUGCUUUGGCCAUGGCUAGAGAGAUCUAUCCCCAAGACAACACUCUAAUACAGACAAUCGAGAACACCCUGGACAAUAUUGGUCCAGGACAGGCAGAACAGUAACUGUUGUAGCACUAGUUUGCCCCAGAUGUUCAGAUUUGUGAACAUACUGUACGUGUAUGUUUUUUUUUUUGUUUUCUUUUAACGCCCAUCAUGAUAAUGAUCAUUCUGGCUGAGCAAAGUAAAGGAAGUCGUUUAAAGUAGCUUUCCCAAGAGCACAAGGUUGGUGACAUGGCAGGAUUCGAACCUGUGACCUCUUGGUUCUGAGCCGAAUGCUCUGCUGUUAUGCCACACGACCCCAUGCCUGGGUAGAGAAAAAGUACCCUGACAUACAGUAACAGUUGCUAAGCUGUGGAACCUUCAUUUACAAGCAAUUUGCUACUUUUUAAAUUCAUGAAAAAUUUAUUUGUGUAAAAAAAUAUUCAUAAUAAUCCUGAAAAUAUGGGGCUAAGCAGUACUUCGAAUUUUCACCUCUCAAAAUCAGUGGCACAGACGACAUCAUCAUCGUAACAAAAUUAAGCUACAGGAAAAACGUGGACUGAGAAAAACCCUAUGAAUGAUUACUGAAUGUUGUGAAUGGAAAGUAUUGCAAAAUGGAGGAGACUGAACAUGACCUUGA